GAAAGACGGAAAACUACGUUUACCAGGCAACACUAAGCAGAAAGUUUUUCCCCACAGAUUAACUUCGUAUUUUUUAGCGGGUAAGAAUUUCACGCCGGCGCUAAAAUUUUCAAGCCAUAAGGAUGAGCGUCGUAGAAUAGCAACGCAAUUCCCCCAGUUUCAAGGUUUUUAUCUACUGCCAGGAUCAGGCCACAAAUUUCGGUUAAAUGGGACGCAAACGGCGUAUGCGCGAGCAGCUUGAAGCGGCAGCUCAGCUGUCUCGCGUCAACCGACAACUUGUGUUUGAAGAACCUGUGUUUGAAGAACCUGUGUUUGAAGAACCUGUGUUUGAAGAACCUGUGUUUGAAGAACCUGUGUUUGAAGAACCUGUGUUUGAAGAACCUGCUUUUGAAGAACCUGCUUUUGAAGAACCUGUAUUUGAAGAACCUGUAUUUGAAGAACCUGUAUUUGAAGAACCUGUAUUUGAAGAACCUGUAUUUGAAGAACCUGUAUUUGAAAAACCUGCUUUUGAAGUACCUGUGUUUGAAGAACUUGGCUUUCAAGAACCUGCCUUUCAAAAACAAGUUUCGCAUGAAUCGAGCCAAGUCGUGAAAUUUGACAACGAAACCAAUGCAUUUGCUCCGCGCUCAGAGCAGCGAUCGUCCUCGCAGAAAUUGUCAAAAGCGACUAAGAACGAAAAAGCUUCAGCUUCUUCUGUUAAAAAGAAGAAGAAAAAAGAAAAGAAAAAGAAGAAAAAGAAACGGACAAAAAACCAUCGUGCCGAAGCUCAGUGCCCCCCUGCACCAACGACAUUGCAACCAGAAACUGAAGCGAUAAGAGAUGUGCUUUUAUAUCGCAAAGAUAGUACAAGGUCAAGAAAAAAGGAAUCUAUUAUUGAAUCUAAUGUAGUCCAGUCAAUGUCAGACAGUAAUUCUGUGGCACCAGCAAGCAAAACGUCAGCAAGAGGUGAAAAUUAUACUCAAGCUGAGCCAGUCAAUGAAAGCUGGAGGGAUAACACAAAAUCAGUGUUUCUGUCGGACCUUACGGAACCGAGUGAUUUCAGCAUAAAAUGGCUUGUGAAUCGCCCACUAAUUCUAGGAAAAUGUGAAGAAGUAGAAGUUCUGUACUCUCCUGUUAGCACAACAGAGAAGAAGGAAACUAAUUCAAGAGGUUUAACAGAGACAGUAAACCUACUUGCUGAGGAUCGAGGAAGAAUUGGUGAGAGGACAUCUGCAUUAAAAUUCAAUAACUUUGAAGAUGAAGAGUGUUACGACAAUCCAAAAACUCCUGAGCAUGAUUACCGCAAAAAUGAGGCCUACAUUCGCCCUCCAUGGCAAGAUUUUGAUGACGAUCGCAUGAGCUUAGACGAUGAAGAUGAAAUUCAGCCAAGUAAGCCACCGACUCCUGGUAAGAAUUUUCUGCCGAUUUCCAUGUUUUUGCCUAAAGUCCCCAUCCCAGAUUCUCCCGAGUAUUAUUACACCCCAGCAGUAAAAGAGCUCCACACCAAAGAGAGAGAGAACCAAACCAGGGAGAGAACCAAACGACCGUCAGAAGAUUCCGAUGAAAAUGAAUACCAAAAUAGGAAUAGAUUCUCCAAGACUCGAAAAUUUGUACAUGGUAAAGAGGACAAAAUUUCCGCCACUUCACAUUUCAAUGAUGGCAGUCGAAAAUUAACUCGAAAUUUGCAACAGAAUUCAGAACACCAUCAACCAGAAAGGGAACCAUACGGCAACCGUCGCCGAAACAAUCGGAAACGUACAGCCGCUAGAAAGCGACAAAAUGAACAUCUGGUCCAGCCUGGCCGAUGUCCAGUAAAAUCUGUACUCGGAGACCUUAGGUUAAGGGAAAACGGUUUUGUCGACCAUUAUCAUCAUAGAGUAGCAAUGACUACGCAUCAUUUAGAAGAUAACUACAUCGAAUGCGCUGAAAGAAAACACGUUCACGAUACUGAAAACUUUUUUGUUGAAGGUGCAGGGGCUGUCUACUCGGAAAACGUUGAUGCAGGCUGUGCACAUGCGGUCAACACUGGAAACUUGGAUGCUGUCGGUGCACUUGCGGUUAAUAAUGGAUAUUUUGAUACAGGCGGUGCACCUACAGUAAACACUGGAUAUUUUGAUGCAGGCGGUGCACCUGCAAUAAACACUGGAUCUUUUGAUGCAGGCAGUGCACCUGCAAUAAACACUGGAUCUUUUGAUGCAGGCAGUGCACCUGCAAUAAACACUGGAUAUUUUGAUACAGGCGGUGCACCUGCUGUCAACAACCAAUACCGUAAAAAGACUUAUGCAAGCACGUUGGCAGCAAAAAACUAUUCUUCACAUCAAUUCCCAGCUGAUGGCAGGAAAAAAAGAAUCCUAGAUAAUGGGUCUUCAACAGAAGAGAGCGUGCAAAUAAUUUUUUCGACUGAUGUUUGCAUAGAGAGUACGAGAAUAGUUUGCGAAAAACAAGAAAAUGGGUUGAAAUCAAGCUACGGCUUCCAACAUUCCAGUUGUCAAAUGCAAGUCCAGGAGGAAUCAGAAAGCGAAGACAAUGAUUAUAUUCCAAGAGCACCUCUCACUCCAGGACGAGGACUGGAAGUUACUAAAGGCAGUAUCUUCUUUGCCCAACCAUCAGGAAGUUCGUCUUUUUGUCCUAAUGUUAGCGAGCCUCAAACUUAUUUACCGUACUACGCUUCCAGAGAUCUAAGUGAACUACAUACAUUGCCAUUUGUUGACACCAAUUACUUAAUAGAUAAAGUGCUAAAAUCUUCAGAUGAUCACUCUUUUCCUUUCUACGACCCGUAUGAGGACCAAGAGGUAAUCGAUGUAGACGAUAGCAUAUUGAGAUCAGAAAUAAUAAUCCCUGAUGCGUUUGAGCCUGAAGUCGGUUUCGCAUUCGAUCAUUCACUUCUGCUUGAUCGAAGUGCUGAUGAAAACGAAUUGUCGUCCCCGAGAGGAAGUCUUGUACUCAGCAGCGUAAGCGGCAUAUCGUACAGCCAUUACGCUGGUUAUUUAAAUAAACAGAAUUAUUACUCGUCAUAUUGCGACCAAGGCAGCUUCUGUGAUAGAAAAAUAUUGGAUUUGAAUGAGGAUCCGAAUAAUUAUGUGAUCAGGCACAGCGUAGCGUCACAGGAUACUCUAAAUAAAUGUUCAAAUAUAGAAGAAGGAUAUUGCGGCUUUGAUACUCGACAAAUGCCAAUUUUCUGCGUUACCAGCGCCCGAAAUUCCAGCCAUGAUAGCGACGGUUGGUUCAGAGCUCACUUGGACGAUUCUGUACCGAAUAUUUCAAGUGAGCCCCUAAUUGAUUCCCUUUCUGACUUGAGGGCUCAAGAACGGCAGGAGACUGAAAAUUUUUUGCGGUCAUCGCGCUCUGAAAAUUCGCUAAGGACUAAAAAAGAUGAAAAUCGGUUGGGCGAACGGCAUUCGUUUUCAAAUGGAAAUUGUACACCUGCAUUUACCAGUGUAAAUUUACUGCCACCGGAACCAUGCAAGCUUCAUUCGAAAUCUGAGAAAAUGCGUAAAAAUAGGGAUGAUGAGUCCGUUUGUCUUUCACUUCCACACAGAUCUAAUGUAAUGGACGCCUCAAGUUCUAAGUCAAAAAGCAAGUGGAUGAAAGAUGAUAAAUUUCAUUCGAAGGAUGAAAACGAACUCGGAGAAACUGAAGAACAUCCUUGCUUGAAGUCAGAAUGUGAUUUGAUAAAGCUUCCGACUUUAUUGACUGGAAUUUUAAUUGAGCCGGAAAAUAUUGAGAAUACUUGUCCCAGUCCCACAGAAUCGAAAAAGUUAUCGACAAAAAUUCCCGAAAGAUCACGCCGUCAACUAGUCGAGGCAGAAUCUCUCGCAAACUUCCCAAAUUCUGGGCCCCACCCAGAUCGUGAGUUCAUCGCCGGCGAAUUUGAAAGUUUUCCAAGUCUGACAUCAGAAGCUCCCAAUCUCUCGGCCGUGAACGCUUCUCCCACCAGCACUUUAGCCCCAACAAGAAUAUUGAUGAGCGAUCGAUGUGCUCAGGAAGCUCAUUCGACUUCAAGUUUUCUCUCUGUUUUCAAAGUUUCAAUAGCAGGUGAAAUAUCAUCGGAUAAGUCUAAUGAGGACUUGAAUUUAAUUAGUAGAUUUGAAAAUUAUUCAUCAGUCCAUAGAUCACCUAAUGAAGAGUUAAAUGAUUCUUUUUCAGUAGAGACUGGAGUGCUUUAUUAUCAAGAACAGCACUUGGAAUCACGUAUUCAGCCAAAAUGUUUCGACGUUCAUCGCCCUAAUUCUAUGGAAAAAAAGUGCAAACAAUCUGUAUCUUCAAAUCCCGGAUCCAUUUGCAACAAUCAAUCUCCAGACGCGUCUCCAACUCGCUUCAACACUUCGCAACAGAAUUCGUGUACGAGAUCAUCUGUGUCGUCAAAUCAGUCAUCACAAAUUCAAGAAGAACCUUCAAAUGAAUUCAUAAUCCAAUCCAUCAAUCAGUCACAUCCUUCAUUUCCUCAAGAAUUGUCAUCAUCAGCAUCAACACCAACAUAUCAGCGCUUUUUCUCAGAAAAUUUUAAACCUCUGCCGAAAAUUAAGGCAAGCGAACAAUAUUCAGGUUUUUCUCAGAGGUUAUCUUCAACACAUGAUCUCAUGGACGAAUUUUUAAUUCACGAAAAUUCAAUUUUGAAUGACGGAUCGUGCUCACUUGAGUGCCAUGCGCUCAUCCAAGAAUGCGACACCCUAAAUACUGACCAGGACACGGUUCAUGCUAACUACACUGAACAACUGGAGCAUAGAUUGCCACUUCAAAAAACCAAUGAUCAAAGAGAAAAUGAGCAGCAAGAAGGAGGUCCGAAAGCAUCAUGGAAGAGGAUGCUUGAGUCACUUGAAGGAGAGUACAAAUGCUCCUUUCAGGCAUCUUAUCGCGAGCUGCCGGCUAACUGUUCACAUAAUUCAGAGUUUGUUUCCACUGGAAACUUUAGAAACGAGAGGUGUCGAAAAAUCCGGAGAGAAGAUUCAAGUUCCCUCUCAUUACCUGAACAGAAUUCGUCGCCUACACCUGACCAGAAUACUCCGGCUACACCCGACCAGAAUACUCCGGCUACACCCGACCAGAAUACUCCGGCUACACCCGACCAGAAUACUCCUGCUCUCUUAUACACAUCUAGAUGUGUAUAA